UGAUACGGUCAAAGGACGCCGCCCUUAAGGGCAGACAGUGAGAAUUGAAGCCACGGUGUCGCCAUAUUUUCUGGAGGCACCUUCCGGGUUCCUUAACUCUGGUGUCUGUGUCCAAGCUGCCAUGAAGUGAAUAAAUACCGAGGAAGUCUAUUUGUCCCCGUCAGAAUCCCGAAUCCCAGCCCUGCUACUUCGGUUCCCUUGGCUGCGUACGGAAGCCGAGGCUGGGCGGGGCCUCGGGCUCGGGAGCCCUUCUUGUGGACGACGAGAGCUGAGGCCGGGCGCGGGGACCAGGCGGCCGCUGCUCGGGGCUGGGAGGCCCCAUGGCGCCGCCCCCGGCCCCGCUCCUGGUGCUGAGACCGGGGGAGACGGGGCCUGGUUGCAAGAAGCUCUUGGCCGUGAGGUUCGCGGACGUGGCCGUGUACUUCUCCCCGGAGGAGUGGGGGUGUCUGCUGCCCGCGCAGAGAGCCCUGUACCGGGACGUGAUGCGGGAGACCUACGGCCACCUGGGCGCGCUCGGAUUCCCAGGCCCCAAACCAGCCCUCAUCUCUUGGAUGGAACAGGAGAGUGAGGCUUGGAGCCCCGCCGCCCAGGAUCCUGAGGAGGGGGAAAGCCUGGGAGGAGCUCUGAGAGGAGCUACCCCCAACAAAAGGGAAGAGGAGCCUGAAGCAGGACUAGGAGCCAAAGCACCGAGAAAGGCUCCUGGGAAGGAGAGGCCUGAGGAGCUGGUUAAGCACAGCCCUGGCACGACCGUCAGCAAAACCUCGGCCAGAGCACAGCCACCCAAACAAGCUGCCUGGGACCAGGGUGCGGGUCCUCAGCCCCCGGCCCCCCUACCGAGUGCGGAUGCGCAGGCAAGCCAGCGGCGCCACGUGUGUGCAGACUGCGGCCGGCGCUUCACCUACCCCUCGCUGCUGGUCAGCCACCGGCGCAUGCACUCGGGUGAGCGGCCGUUCCCCUGCCCCGAGUGUGGCAUGCGCUUCAAGAGGAAGUUCGCCGUGGAAGCCCACCAGUGGAUCCACCGCUCCUGCUCUGGGGGGCGGCGGGGCCGGAGGCCCGGGAUCCGGGCUGUGCCUCGGGCCCCGGUCCGAGGUGACCGGGACCCUCCGGUGCUAUUCCGGCACUACCCAGACAUCUUCGAGGAGUGCGGGUGAGCUUCCGCUGGCAGGGUUUGAGCCUGACCUCGGCGCUGAGGACUCACUGGGUCCCGAGGGAGGCUCCUGAGUCAGGGCUUUGGGACCCACAGUUCAUCCCUUGGACUUUCCUCAAGGAUCCCUCAACUUUCCAAGCUUGUAAAAAGAGAAGUGCCUGUAAAGAUUCAAAUAGAUUAAACUCGACACCCCUCUCCCCCGAUCUUUCUAAAAAAAAAAAAGAAAAGAAAAAAAGAAAAUGAAGAGAGUGAGAUGCUGGACUUUUCUCAAAGUGUUAUCUCAGUGGCAGGUGCGACUAAGAUCAAAACUGUCUACAGAAAUCCCCCCUGCUUAUCUGCAGCAGAGGGAAAUGCCGAGGGGGACUAAGGCUGAGGAGGAGGCCUCAGAUGGAGGGCCUGGUCAAGCCCUAGGUAACUGAACCAAUAGGAGGCCCAGGCAGUGAAGUGGGUGGAAAAUGUACAGAAGCACCAGAUGCAGACCUCAUCCCUGUAGCUUGCUCUCAAGGCACAGCUGGUAAGUCACCCACCCUCCCUGAGCCUCAGCUCCCUCAUCUGUAAAGUGAGAUCAAUAAUAUCUACCUCAAAGGGUUACUGUGAAGACUGACAUUGUAACAAGAUAAUAUGUGUGGCAGAGUAAAUGUGCAAUAAACAUUUGUUGAAAGAGUGAAAA